CUCGAAAGAGGGGAAAGCAAACAAUUUUCAGGCCCGCCGCGUCUAGCAAAAAAUAUGAGAAAAAAAUUAUUAAAAAUUCGGAAAAUAGUUGAAAGUCAAGAAAAACUCAACAGAAAGGAUGUUAAAGCGUCCGGGGCUCCUGAGUCCGGGCGGUGUUGAGCACAUAAAACUGGAUAGAAUAAUCGCAUCAGUACUAGUUGGGCACUGUGCCACUGUCCAUGUAGCUGGUCUGCCUUAGGGUGCCAUGGCCACAGGAACCCAGGGCCACCGUGACCACAUCUUGGAGAAAGCCAAGCUCACGCCACCCACGGGGAGGCGCAGGAGAGCAGAAGGGAAGCCGAAGAAGAAUUUCCCCUGCCAGGAGUGUCAGAAAGCUUUCAACAGUCUGGAGAAGUUGAAGGUGCACUCGUAUUCUCACACAGGAGAAAGACCCUACCGCUGCUCCCACCCUGACUGCACCAAGGCUUUCGUCUCCAAAUACAAGCUGCUACGGCAUAUGGCAACUCACUCGCCAGAAAAAAACCACAAGUGUUCAUACUGUGAGAAAAUGUUCCACCGCAAGGAUCACUUAAAGAAUCACCUACACACUCAUGACCCAUACAAGGAGGCGUUCACCUGUCAGGAGUGUGGCAAGAGCUACAACACCAAGCUGGGCUUUAAACGCCACCUCGCCCUCCAUGCAGCCAACAGUGGAGAUCUCACCUGCCAAGUGUGCCUGCAGCCAUUCCCUAGCACCGGGGUUCUUCUAGAGCACCUCAAAACACAUGCUGGCAAGUCCUCUGGCGGGACCAAAGAGAAAAAGCAUCGCUGCGAGCACUGUGAGCGGCGAUUUUACACCCGUAAAGACGUGCGGCGCCACAUGGUGGUGCACACCGGACGCAAGGACUUCCUCUGUCAGUACUGUGCCCAGCGCUUUGGUAGGAAGGAUCACCUGACACGUCACAUGAAGAAGAGCCACCCGCAGGAGCUGCUGAGGGUAAAAACUGAGCCAGCUGACUCGCUGGAGCCCAUUGUCUACGACUUGGCCUCCGGGGGCAUCAAGGGCGAGCUCCCGGGGAUGCUGACGCCGAGGCCGCACCAGCUCAACAUGUACACAGGCCCCGUCCUGGACACAGAGCCCUUCCCCGCCCCCACACACCCCUUUUCUUUAAAGUACCCGCUGGGCUCCAACUUUACCUCAUACACCGUCUCCUCACAGGAACGGGAGCAGAAUCUAAAGGGAGAACUGGAGACCUACCUGAUGGAGCUGCAGAGCAGCAUGCCCUCCUCAUCCUCUGCAGCCCAAGAACCCCAACUCUCCUCCUCCAAACUUGAGUUGGAGCCUCAAGUGGGUGGGCUGGAGGGAGCAAGCGAGGAGGUGUCCUUGUCCAAAAUGUCCACAUCAGUGGCAGCAGCCACUGCAGGCGACUCUCUGGCCUCAUCCUCCUCUCUGAUGGACUUCUCACAGCUUUUCAACUUCCUUCCGCUCAACGGGCCUCCAUACAACCAGGCCGGGGGCAGCGGGGGGCAGGGUGUUGCCUAUCCACCCAGCGAAGAGCCCGCACCUCUCGUCCAGCUGCCCCCCCAGUCCUCUGAGGGCUCAGAGGCUGCGGAGAGUCCGCUUCAAGGGCUUCCCUCCUCCUUCAUAUCCAACCUGAGCACACCCACCACACUGCCCCGCUUCCACCAAGCUUUUCAGUGAUCCAGUAUGUACUGCGACUGGCACACGUGCACUCUUAACACACAUACUGACACGCAUGUCAAGCUACACAACCACACCAGCAGACAGACACCGAAACAAGAUGCCAGUAACACGUUUAUUUGACAAUAUUAUCACCUCUGUCCUUUUAGAAUGACAACAUGAGCAGACACUAACACAUGCAGCAGACACAUAAUGAUCAGCACUGACAGCAGUAACACACACACACACACACACACCUCCACACAAGGUUUAGCUUGAUUAGCUUUCUAAUGGCUAUUAUUGGGUCUUUUUAUUAAGUUGUCAAAUCACCACAAUUCCCUUAUGACAUGUUCACAUAACAGAGAAAAAAUAAUCCCCUUGUGCUGCAUGUUGAUGCAAAUAAAAAUUCCAAAUUCUUAGUUUCUUUCCAUUUUCCAAGUUUUACAACCUAUCCUGGUCUCGUCUGAUUACCAGAAGAAAUGACCUUGUCAGACACCUGCAAGCUACAAUAUGCAUAUACAUCUUUAAUCACAGCCACAGUAGCCCUCAGCCACAGGAUGUAAUCACACAGCUCAGCACACCUCAAGAUCACACUAUAACAGAUCUCGGUGCAGCGCCGCUCCGUGCACCGCACCGCUAACAUCAGUGCAAAAACCUGCCACAAACGCAUUACUGAAGCAAAGCCUGUUUUUCUGCAUUAAUGUGGACAUGUGGCUUAACAGUGACGGUGAGAGCUAUGAGAGUUCAAACGUGAAUUAGUCUUUUGGGAGUUGAGGAAUUUUCACAUAGAUGAAUGAUAGUAAUUUGAUUGCAAUGACAUUUUCCUUUCUUUAGAAUAGACUGACCUUAGUAUGUAGUUUUGCGAUGUGUAUUGUUUUUCGUAUAGCACUUUGAACUUUGUGAUGCUGCCAGGCAUCACAUGUGACCUUUGUUUUAUGCCUUUUUUUUUUUUAAUUUGUGGUAUGAUUUUAAAGGACCAAUCAGUAGUUUGGGUAUGUUUUUGUCCAUUUACAUUCAUUUAAUACACCUAGUACUAUAAAGGACUGCUAUCCAUUUCCCAAAGCAUACUAUAUAUCUAUAACAUAUUAAUGUGUUUCAUUCCCUUCUAAUCUGUAUGGAAAUCAACUUGGGUCAGCUAAUCCAUCACAGUGAUCAUAUCUUCUUGUGUUUUUGUCAUUAACAUCACUGUAAUGUUCACACAACUGCAUCACCACGCAGUGCAGUGAUAUCGCCUUGAGACCUGUUGUUCACUGUGCUGGAUUACACAGCCCAGUUUCAAGUUUUUUUUCAAGUUCAUUUCCAAUGCAAAGUGAAAUUAUAGGAAACCAACAGCUUCUUGGAAGGUGGAAAACUCAAUGAAAACAUCUCAAAUGUGCUCUAAAGGUUUUUUUGGCAGAAAGUUAAAGUAUAUGUAAUUAGUAGUAAAUCGGCCAAAACAUGCAAAAACAUUGGUCUGGUCCUUUUGAUCAAUCCAUAAAACGGAAGUUCAUCCACAUUAUUAUAGACAAGGUACUGAGUAGGAACUACUGAGCAACAGUAUUACAGUUUAUCAUUUCAUUUUGGUAGUUGGUAGAUUUUCUGGUUAAGUUGAUUGUCCGACAGUGGAGACAUUUUUAUAAAAGCCUAAAAGUGUCUUUUAUGGUGUUUCUUACUAAUCCCCCAACCCCAAACCAAAGUCAACCAAACACAGACAGACAGAGCUGGCUGCUAGCUGCUGAAAUGUUACUUUAGACUGUUAAUAAUCUCAUCAGUCAAAUUCCACAUAGAGAGUGAGUUGACAUCAAGGGCUGCCAUUCUCCAGUCCCCUCCCAACCCCCCACCCCCACCCCCGAACACUCACUCCACCACAAAAACAGUUCCCUUGUCAGAGAAGAUCAGCCAUGUAUCUCGGUGGACAGACACUAGUUUCCACACGGAAAACUGACAAAUUAUUCUCUUUACCAUGAUACACAAACACACGUUGCCAUUCACUGUGUAUGAGCCUUACCCAGGCUCUAUGUCAACCACUCCAGUAGAGUUAUCUUAUAGUGGGAGUGAGUACUACAGGCUCUACGUGUUAUUGCUGAUGGUUUUGGUUUUGGUUGUUCCACUCUCCCCUUGUUAAGUUUGUGUGCUAUUUUGAAUGAAAAAAAAAAACAACAAAACAAUCAGUGACCACAAAGCAAGCCCCUCCCUCGUGGAUGAAGGAAGUUCUUCAUGCAAAUAUACAUAAUCACACACAAAGUACCCUUUCAUUUUCUUCCUGUCUCUAGUUAAGCACCUGUGCAUUUUGUAGGAGAUAGACUUCCAAGAAGUGUCGUUCGUUCGCUUUGUUUAUGAAUGUUGGACUGAAACUAAAAUUUUUAGCCGGGGAUAGGAUGUGAAAGAUGCAGAAAGUUCAUUUUACAUCUGGGAGUCACGAGUGCUGUAUGUGGUACCAAGUACCAUUACAUUUUAUGUAUUGUAGAAGGUCUUUGCAAAGGUGGCAUGAAAAAUGAAUCAUUAAAAUGCAAAUUAGGGACUGCAAAAAUUACUGAAGUGGCAGGGGUGCUAAAUCUAAUACUUUGCUUUUUUAAAAAAGAAAACCAAGAGCCUCCGUAGUCUAAUAUUUUCAUUAGAUCCCCACGCCCGUUUAUCAUUUUCAUUUUCAACAUUUAUCAGUAUCAUUUAAAGAAAACAUACAGUUUGCUUAUUGCCAGAUUAAUGACAAAUAUAACAAAAGGUGUGCUCUGUUUACCAAAUAUUCUAGCCAUUCUGUAUCUUGGAAGCAAGAACUAGAUAUAGAAUAUAAACAUGAAAUAUGCCAAUUCAUUUUUUUUCCUCAUUCAGCGUGGAACGAUGUGGAACUCCUCAAGAGUAUAUGAAGUCACUGUCAUGUUAUGUGAAACUGCCAAAUUCUGCUGCUAUUUUGGUGAUGUAGCCAAAAGAAUGGGAUGUGAAACAAACAGAUGUUAACAGAAAAUGUUUUCUGAGUGACUGUUCCACACCUUGGUAGUUAUUCCAUUUUUAAAGCCUGACUCUAAAUGUUAUCCUGAUGCACAAGUCAUUUUUCAACUUGUGCAGAUGCUUUACUAUUUUCUACUUCCAUCAAAACUCUACACGCAUGUCUCCUGACCCAUGUCCAGAGAUAAUACACUUACCUUGUAAGCUCCACUAAAUAAGCUCCAUAACAAUAAUUAAGUAAGCUCAAUAAUAUUUUACCAUUCAGAAUCAGUUCUGACUGAAUAUGUGAACGUGAACUUUCCUUCAUGACAGAGUUAGGACACACAAUGACUCUGUUUACACUUCACAUUGAUUAAAAUAGUAAUUCAAAUACUAAUGCUACUGAAUACUGAUGAUACUGAUUAUGAGUAUGAAGGAAAUAAUUUAAUAGUAUUCCAGUUCUGAUUCAAAUAUGAAUAGAGAUUUGGUUUAACUGCUUUUGAAUUAUCAAAGUAAUGGAAAUUUACUAUGUGUCAGUAUGCUAGACAGAUGUUGCAGUGCAUACAGGUGGACAAUGAUAUUUACAUAUUCAACAGCAUUAGAGUAAAUACAACAUCGUGUCAGAAGCUUAAUCAUUAGGUUCAUUGCAAUUUUGUAAAAUGGGCUAUUCACAUAUUCAUUAGCUUCCAGUGUUACUUUACUUGUAACAUGUUGUUUUUUACGAAAAGAAAUGCUCAUGUUAAAAGGUAAAUAAGAUAUAAAGGAACAUUACAGUCAAAUCUUCAGUUCCCAAUAGGUCUUUUUAGGACCAAAUCCACUUUUCUGCAGUAUGUUAUGUGAUAUAAUAUUAUCUAAUCCUUCUAAGCGUACUAUCAAAGAGUCAGCUAUUUAUGCAGUGUUUCUGACCAGGAUCAGUCAACAUUGUCCAUCCUUUAACUGCUUCUAGUGCUCUCUAGCACAGUGUGGCUGUAUCAGCAAAGCUGCUAACGGACAGGCGACAGGGGACAAUAGUAGUGCUUGGGCAUCUCCCAGGUAUAAAUAUGUAGAACUAUAUGAAUGUGAAGCAGGACCGUACUGGAAAAGGGCUAACCCUCCUUGGAUUAAAGAAAAAUAGAAUUCAUCAGGCCAAAACCAUGCUAGAUUUAGAUUGUCUGGGUAGUUUUCCCUAUGAAAAACCUUAAAGGACUAUCAGUUAAAAGACAGUUAAAUGUGUUGGUGGAGAAAGUUUCAACUUCUAUACACCUUCACCAGCAAAUCACAUGACCAUGUUUUCCCACCUGCCCUCAUAGUAGUGCUGUAUCUACCCAUGUAGAUAGUUUGGGUUUCUCCUUCUGACACUUCUGCUUCCACUCCAAUAUGAUAGAGAUAAGAUAAGAUUUUGCAGAAUUCAGCAGUGGUAGUUUUCCCAGCCUUCAGUGAAUCAGAUAACACACAUUAUCAUGAACUGUUUUCGUUUUCAAAACUGGCUGCUAUGGUCAUCAUUGAAAACAGUUGACACUGUAUUCUGUGGACUGUCUUCAGCAACAGGGUAAAUGGUACCAGAAAAAUAUAUUUGUGAUGAUUGAUUGAUUUCAAAAAUUGUGGAUGCUUUAAGCUCCACAGACCAAAUUGUAUUUACCUUUGUUGUUCUAGUGUGGUGGUAGAAGUCUCAAAACCUAGGCAAAACUGUCUACAUGGAUAGAUACCACUAUAGGGAAGAGAAAAUAUUUUUUUUUCUGAUUUAGGCGAUCUUUAUCUGUAAUUCUAAAAAUACGAAAUUGAGAUUAUUUUUUUUUAUUAUUAUUUUUUUAAUUCUCAAGAUGGUAUAUAUGGCUAUUUUCUGCAAUAAGUUGUGGCUUCCACCUCCAAUCAAGUUAUCAAGAGAGGUGCUUCUUAGCAUUACCUGAGGCUUUUGUUAAAAGAAUAUGGGUAAAUUUGAAUCUGUAUGUAGCAAAGUUCUACCAAACGUGAUGAGAAAACACGAGCAGUAGCUGCAUCUCACCGGUCAGUGCCGAGUCUUCAGCGCCUCAGUUGGUCCAAAUCGUACAUUGUAAACAGAUGUUGUGCCUUAUUGUUCAUGUCAGCUAUUUGCUGUCAUUUAAAAUCAAUGUGGGAAAUACAAAAGCGCCUUUAAAAAAAGAAAGAAAAAAGCAUAAAUAACAGCUGUGUUGGACCAGAUGCACAUCACAUAUAUAUUUGAUAUAUAUGUUUUCCACAGGUUAAUAUUAUAGUAGCAUCCUCUAACAUCACCUUUCAUUCAGAAAGAUAUAUGCUGGAAUGUUUCACAAGAUAUCUAGAAUUUUUUGGAUGGCCAUUAAAAAUAGGUUCUUGGUUUUGAAUGGUGUGUAUUGUGUGUAAACAUCACACACCUUAAAUGAUGUGAGGACAUAAGCAGAUACAGGAAAAGGUUCAACAGAUAUUUUUGCUAACAAAAUCCACACAGAAUCAAAUAGUAAUCUACAGUUAGCACUGAUGCAUUGCUUUGACAUGUCAUUAGCAACUGCCAUUACCUCUAUUGACUGUACUUAGAUUUAGAUAUUCUAAUGGCUAUGGUGUUGCAUUGAAUAGUUACGACAGCUGUUAUUGUUCUUAUACAGUUGCAUAGUUUGGGUUACCCUUAUUUGUGACCUCACCACUCCGUACAUCACAACGUGAAUUUUGUUUGUUUGUUUGUUCGUUUGUUUAUUGUUUGUUUGUGUUUUAAAUGACCUUGGGAAAAAAUUCUGAUCUGUCAGUAAAAAUCUGAGGUAGCCUUUUUGCUGGAAAUCAGGAAAACUCCAAAUCAUGGAGAAACAUACAGAAUGCUGAGGUCACAAAUGUUCGGGUUAGUUGUCAGUCCUGCUCCAGUUACUGUGUUUUCCAGCUGCUGUGGGCUGACUGUAGUCUCCUUUUUUUCUUUUCUUUCUUUUUUUUCUUUUUUUUUUUUUUUAAAUACAACUAACAUUGUGCUAGCAAUCACUAGCCAGCAAAGUGGGGCUGGGGUUCCACUGAAAUGUGUGUGUAGCACAUAAUCUUGUUGACUUAUUCUUUCUUUUAGUGAGGUGCUGGCCAGCAGGCAUACAUGGAAAAAGAAUGGGAAAGCUGCACACUCCUAUCUGUUUCAACAAACUGUCCUCCUCAGCUGUGUUUUACUGAGGUUUGGACAACAUCUGACAUUUAAAAUUUAUCAUGUGACCAAAGUUCCAGUAUUUGGUCACAUCAUGACAAGUAAGCAGACUGAUGAAGGCUGUAAUAUGCUGUUUAAAGGAGUGCACAAAAUGUAGUAGUAGAUUUAUAUCUCUUAGAGAUAUGGUGUCAAAAUGUUAUUGUUUUGAAAUCAAUAUCAAAACUCUGGUAUCAUAGUGACACAUUUCAAUCAAUGCCCAGCCCUACAGCAACAUUACUGAGGGUUGAACAGUCACGAAGGUGAUGUUAGCUGAUGGACAUUAUUCCAUAAAACAAAGCUUAUAUGUUUUAUCUAUAGAACAGAACAGAUGUUUAUUUCUAUACAUUUUACAGACAUUGGACUGCGCACUAAAAAUGUGAACUUCACAAGUUGCAAAAAUGUCGCCACCUUUUCCCUUCCACCACAGCAGUUAAAAGACUAACGUGCAUCUAGUUACAUGAAAUGUUUGAUGCAUAUAUAACCCAAUAGUGUUAUCAUUUACCUCACAUACUCCUCGUUUUUUUUUUUGUUUUUGUUUUGUUUUGUUUUGUUUUGUUUUGUUUUUUUGUGCUCCAGGAUUUAAUAAUAAUGACAAACUAGAAGUGUUAAGUUCCCCUUUUUCCUUCCUGAAUGAUGGAACUUGAUGAGACAUGAAUAGAGACAAUAUUUUUCUGGGUUGUGUGAAAUGUAGAGUUGAAUGUGUAAUGUUUCAAAGCAUUUAUGGAACUUUGCUAUUUGUAUCUUGUGAAGGUUUGUGGUUUUACAAGAGAUGUUAGCAAGCCUCCCUCUCGCUCUAUCUCUUUCUAUCUCUCUCUCUGUCUAUAUAUAUAUAUAUAUAUAUAUAUAUACACACACACAUAUAUAUAUAUACAUACAUAUAUGUGUCUAUAUAUAUGUAUAUGUAUAUAUAAUUAAUAUUAGCACUUUUUGUAAAUUGAAUGCCUUCAUUUCCUACAAUACCUUUUGCCUUUUGUUUAAAACCCUUAUUACAUUAUAGAUGAUAUAUUUAGCUCUUUUAGAGAACAAUAACAUGUAAAUACAAUAUAAAUGUUUUAUUUUUACAGGUACAAUUUUGACAGUGUUUUUCCUAUCAAAGUGUCAUUUUUGCUUUACUUGCACAAGUGUUCUGUGUAUCUCACUGAGGGGGCUUUCAUCAAAUGUUGUACCUUUAAACACAGAUAUCUGUAGGUGUAGGUUUUUUUUUUUUUUUUUUUUUUUUUUUUUUUAAAGAAAGCCUUCUUUGACUUUCAACCGCUGGGUUAGGUGAGAGCACAGGCAAUAAUGAAGCUUAAAUGGACAGUUAUAUAGCACUUAAUUUUAUCAUCUUGUCAUGGGCUGUUUAAUUGUUUAAAAAGACAAACAAGAUACAUGUAUCAAUAACUCCCAGGGUGAUUUUGUCCUCCUCUAUCAUCCUUUGACCUCAGUGUGACCUUAUGAAAAAAAAAUAUUACUUGAUUUCUUAGUGGUUUCUGUCUGAAAGCUGUUGCAUGAAAUUUCAUAGUCAGCUAACUGCAGUUUUUAACUUGAUGUAUGACUUACAUGGACUGUAGGACAGAAUCCAGAGAUUUGAAGGUUAGAAACAAACUGUGGAUCAAAGUUGAAAGAAAUGAUUAAAAAAAAGAAAAGAAAAAAAAAAGCGAAGCUCUACACAUUGGACAAGUAGAUCCAGAUUUGGAGUCUGGAAUCAGAUCAAGUUCAUAAUUCUAAAAGCAAAUCUUAACUGUCCUGGACAAAGAGGAAAAAUAGAAUGCGUCCCAUAGUCACGUGGUGACCAGAGACAGGAGAUGCUCUUCGGUGAGAGGCACAGACCUUUAGCAAAUCAUGUCAAACUUUUUUUUUUUUUUUUAAUAAGCUUCAUUGGUACCAGUGAACUUUAUUGAAUGUGUAUGUAAGAAACACUGCAAUACUGCAAUAUAUUUUGGUAUUGGAUCAAGCUGCUAACAUACUUCUAAAGCUCCUUAAGGUGCUACAGACCUCUUUUCUAGUUUUUAAAUGUAUCAUUUGUACAAACAAAGUAUCCAGUUUAGCUGAACAGUUGGCAUGUGUGUGCCUGGUUGUACUAUAUAGCUACAUAUAUUUUAUUGUACUGUGACUUUUGUAGUCUUUUUACAGACUUGCCUGUAAUAUCACAUGCCCCCACCCCCCACCUGUGUGAUUUGAUAUUUGGAAACUGAGUCAUGGUGGGAGAUUUGCUCCGAGUGAAAUCACUAAGCAGAGAUGAAGACAUCAGUGCUGGUGCCGAGAAGCGCGCGCAAAGUUCAGAGGGAGUUCAGAGACGAACCGCAUUCCAGCCAUGUUGGUUUUGUUAUCCGCUGCAUUUCAAUAAUGCCAUCCUGUGACAAUGACGGACUCAUUGCUAAUUCUCAAUAUUUUACUUCAAAUCUAUUUUACAAACUACUGUUGUAUUUUUUAUAAAUAUAGGCAAAGUAUUUCACAUAAACAUAUAUAUAAGUAAAUAUAUAUGUAUAUGUUUAUAGGUUGUGUAAAAUAAAAAUUAAUGCUGCAGCUUUUAUCCGUUGUUUUUUAAACAUGACAUCAUCCAAAGAGGCAGAUUAUUUAUUGUCUGGCAGAGUAACCUGAUUUGAUUUACAUACCUUGCUGCUAUGAGAGAGAAGAGCUGCAGUCGUCAACUCCAGUGUUUUUACACAAUGUAAUGAAAGUUUAAUAAAACAUAAGAGAAGGAUCCAAA